AUGUUAAUUUCCUAUUUAAUAAUUUUUAUUUGUGGAUUUAAAAUGGUUUAUUAUGUUAAUUCACAUACUGGAUUUGAUCAAAAUAUGAAGAGAUUACUUAAACAAUUGACAAAAACUUUGAUAAUUUUGACAAUUAUUCCAUUUAUUAAUCAACUUUUAGCUAUAUUAACUAUUUUCACUAAAUACAAUAAUAAAAUAAAUAAUUCACAAGAUACUAAUACAAUUUUAAUUUAUAACAACAAAUUAAUUGUCUAUAUAUUUCUUUCGUGUUUUAAUCAUUUUGUACCUGUUUUUAACCCAAUUGUUUGUAUAAUAACUAAUAAGCCCUACAAAGAAGCUGUUUUAAAUCGUUUAAGAAUACAUCCACAAUAA